CAAAUAUAACACAGUUGCCAUUGGUCUUUGGAACGAAAAGGUGGUAAAAAGUGUGUACACGCGGUAUUCCCGAAAAGAUGGAAAUAAAUAUGAAGAUGUACUCUCGGAUCGGAGUCUUACUCUUCAGCAGCGUCAUGGGGCUGCUGAUAUUGAACAACAACAAUGUCGGAGCGGCAUUGGACCUAUACGUAAUAGACACGAGUGGCAAUCUAGUAAAAUUGGAUCUAACCAACACCAGUGAGGAAGCGAAUUUAACUAUGAAUGAACUUCCGAACUACGUUUCCUUUGCUCUGUAUACAAGGGCUACAAAUUAUACUCCCGAAGAACUGAUCAUCGGUGAUGUCGACAAUUUGACCAACAGUCAUUUCGACGCUGAUAAACCAACGAAAUUUGUCAUCCAUGGAUGGAUGAGCUCUUGUGACAGUGAUGUCUGCAUAGACAUUCGCAAUGCUUUCCUUGAACACGGUGAUUACAACGUCAUCCAAGUCGACUGGAGAAACAUAGCGGCAAAGCAUUACAUAUGGGCAAGUAAUCAGGUGGAGAUCGUUGCCAAACUUGUCUCUCUCAUGCUCGACUUCCUUAUAUCGCAAGGCCAAGAUCCGGCUAAUAUAACCGUGGUUGGUCAUUCACUUGGUGCUCAUGUUGCUGGACUAUCAUCCUACUAUGCGAAGCAAAAAGUGGGCUACGUUGUUGCUAUGGACCCAGCCGGACCCCUGUUUUAUCUAAGGGAUAAAGGCCACAGAAUUUCCAAAGGCGAUGCCGACUACGUGGAAGCGAUUCACACAACCAGGCUUCUUGGUUUGAUUCACCAAGUCGGCGAUUCUGAUUUCUAUCCCAACGGUGCCCUACACCAAGUUGGUUGCGGACUUGACUUGGGCGAAUCGUGUUCUCAUGGAAGAUCUUACGAAUACUACGCCGAAUCGAUAAACGAUGACCGUUUUAUAGCUCGACAAUGUGACAACUACGCUGAGUACGCAUUGAACUUAUGUCAUUCGAAUUCUACAGCUCGUAUGGGCGGUGUCACGCCGGAUUAUAGUGCUAAGGGAAAGUACUACUUGGUUACGAACACGGAAACACCAUACGCGGAGGGCUAGACGGUGUGGCCGUAACCAUGGAUCUUUAGCUCUGACCUAUAGUUCCUAUCAAUGUAUGUUUAUCGACAAUUCAGAUCUGAUCGAUAUAUAUUUUUAAUAAUCAUAUUUUAAAUUGUAAAGUUAUUGAGCACCUGAAUAAAAGAUC